GGCGAGGCGAGAGAAAGCGAGAGCUGCAGCUGUGGUGUGGUGUGGGACUAGUCGGUUUAGCACUUUAAGAUGAAAACACCUGAUCUUUGUUUGAGCUCUGAAGGGGCUGAAGUGAUUUUAGCUACAUCAAGUGAUGAAAAACACCCACCUGAAAAUAUUAUUGAUGGGAAUCCAGAGACAUUUUGGACCACCACUGGAAUGUUCCCUCAAGAGUUCAUUAUUUGUUUUCACAAACACGUAAGGAUUGAAAAGCUUGUCAUCCAAACUUACUUUGUGCGGACCUUGAAGAUUGAAAAAAGCACAUCUAAAGAGCCAUUGGAAUUUGAGCAGUGGAUUCAAAGAGAUCUAACACACACAGAGGGACAGCUUCAAAAUGAAGAGAUUUUAGUACGUGAUGGCCAUGCCACUUACUUGCGAUUCAUUAUUACCUCAGGCUUUGACCACUUCGCAUCUGUGCACAGAGUUUCUGCAGAGGGAAUGGUCAUCUCAAACAUCAGUUAGAACAAAAUGGUCUGGUAUGAUUUUUU